GGCGUAUAGAAAACUGGUUUCAAGCAUUGCGAUUAAAAAGAAUUGGUCCGGAACCGGGUGCGGUGUACUAGAUUGUGAUACAGACAUUAUACAACGUUUACUUAUACAGCUGUUAUACUAGCAUAGUGUGGACAUAGCCUGAUCGGAAAAUAUCCCGGAGUUUGCCAUGUUUGGGACCGUAGUGAUUAUAUUAACAUUUGCAGCACCGGCAGUUGCGUCGCCGUGCGCAAUGGAGAACCGGACGAGCCAGCUGACCGACUGCCUCCAGGGGAUCGGAGCCGCACUUAAGGACACUAGUGCAUUCUGGUUCGGUGAAUCCUACCGGACACGUUGUCCGCCGGGCUCCGAAAUCUCUGACCUUCAGUGCACCAACUCACGAUUAGACAGUAACGACAGUGUCAUGACGCGGAUGUUCGAGACGCAGGAUGGGUUUGACGUCACCAAGCUGGACAGAACGCUUGAUCUCAAUUACACAUCAAUUGGACGCAACUACAGCGGCUGCGGGACGACGUAUGUGUGGGACGGCGAGGAGAUGUGGACACAUGACGUAGAUCCGCUAGCCGGAGACGUCGAGCACCCCUGGUACCUAAGGGACAGCCCCAUGUUUCACUGGGAUGUUAAAGCGGGCGAGGAGAACAGCUUCUUUACGCUAGUCAUCUACGAUGUUGGAUACCCUGUCUACCACGGCGUUUACAUCAACAUCCCAGGGAACAACAUCUCAGCGGCGGAUGUGAUCGAUGCAUACCACGGGCCAAAAGUGUCCACGUCGAUUGAGAACCCGUACCUGUUUCUCCUGUACAAGCACUCGGCUCGAGUUACCCCGCCCCAGGAGCUCCUCGACGAGAUCAACCCCAGCAGCUGGGGAAACGCCAAAGACUACGACCUCAAGAGAUUUGCUGAGAAACUCGGCUUUACAGACCCAGUUGCCGCUAACUGGGUGGUAGCGACAGGGGACACGUACGCCGCCAACUACAUGGCAGAGACGGUAGGACUCUUCAACUGCCCAAUUUUUGCAACCAAAGCCCUGCACGAGAAGCCUCGCCCAUUCAUCCCGCCAACGGCCUCCCUAUCCGUCUGGCUUGACGUCCACAUGUCCACCGAGGACCUUAGCUUCGUUGCCUGCUGCAAAAAUUUCAUCUACGAAGCGUACGAGACGUUCCUGGACCCGAUCGGUAACCGCAUCUUCAACAGCGCCCACAUGCGGACGGAAGCCAACGUUACCUAUACCAUGCGCAAGGCUGGAUUUCCCGGCCAAACUUUUGGACCAGACGAGCUUUACGCUCUGGUGACUUUUGAUCCGGAUGUUCCCAGCGCCACUGUCGGCACGGAGGAGAAGCCCCUGCUACACGGGCUAGUCGUCAAUAUCCGCAAUGGAAGUGUACCCACCGGUGAUGAGGUGUUGCGAUACAGCGGACCGUCUCCCCCGGACCAGAAACCCCACUUCUACUACUUCCUGUUAUACCGGCAGUCUAGUGAGCUAAACGCCACCCUCAUGUCCACGUACUCAGCCAACAAUGCCAGAUACUUGUUCGACAUCAACCGUUUAGUGUCUGAACAAAGCCUGACGUUGGUUGGCGCUAGUUGGUUCCGUGCCACUACGGACCCCUACACCAUCACACGCGUGCUUGGCCGAGACUCGUCCCAAUCUGAGAGCCUUUGCGCCACCAUCCCGGGCGGCAAACCGGAACCUUGCCCCACGAGCGCCGCGUCAACCCUCCCACUGUCCGGCGCACUUCCAUUCACCACAUUAGCGUUAAUGUUGAUGGCGACAAUCAUGCAUGUAUAAGGUGGAGCGCCUUUUGAAGUUAGACCGGGGAGAUAGGACAUGAGUUACACUCUACUUAUAUGCAGACCAACUUACUGCGACCAACCUAGUUUUGGACAUAUAAUACUUGUUUAGCGUUUGCAUGUGUGUAUAACAUAUAGCAUCAUCCAAUUCUGGCUGGUCACAUUAAGGUCGUAGGGACAUGUUCAUAUCACGAGCGGUUGAUAGUUGUUUUCCAACGCAUUUUAUAAAAGACCCUGCAACCCAACCAUUUCAGUAAAAGUUUAUAGUGUGGUUCAUUUAAUAGAAUUUUCAUUAGAAAUUUAGAGAGAGAGAGAGAGAGAGAGAGAGAGAGAGGUGUCAUUUGUUUCCUAUUAUGACAGGCAAAACUGUUUAAACCUAUAGAUUGGACUUAAAUGAUACAACUAGAAGACUGAAGAUUCAAUGAUUUAGAUUUAAUGAAUAUGAUGGAAUUAUGUUGUUCUAUCCUUUUUAACUAUUAAGUAUCUAUUCAGUAUCAAUCACUAUUCUUUAUCAUUGUUUCACUCUGUUAGUUCUUUAAUGGUGAAUGAUUAAGUAGUAAUGUUUUAAGUUAUCUUCUAUUUUGUUUUCUUUGUUAAAAUUAAUACAUCUAUUUAAUAUGUAUAGUUAUAUACCUGUAUAAUCAAACUUGAAUCUAGCUAACUUCAUCUUGUAAUUUCAAUGCUGAUUUUUAAAUUUUUCUAAUUUCUGUUGCGUUGCAUGUCCAUAUAUGUGAGAUGUAAUAUCUAUGUGCUUUUCUGAACAUAGAUGAAAAGAGCGCUAUAAAAAUGAUGAAUCUGGUAAAUGAUAAUAACAUGAACAAAUAAUGUUAAUAAAACAAGAACAUUUGUUAUUUCAA